CUCAGUUGAGGUUGAGACUGUACCGAGUCCAUACAUAUUUCAUGAAAAAAAAAAAAUUCGCGUUAUGUUUUGAACUGAUUGUGUUCAGUGUGUGUGUUUAUUCCACCGUCGUACGACAACGAUGACAUAUUUCUGGAUAUCAGUGGGAAUUCGAUUGAAAGGGCUUCGAAGGGAAUACCCAUGAGUAGUAACCUCAUUGCAAGGACGCCAUAUGUAGUCCUAGCCAAACCUUCUCAUCUGACUCACUAGUAUCCUCUGUACAUUUCGAAUUUUAUUUCACUCGAAUCCAUCAUGAACCCCAUGACAUUUCGAGUGUCCAAGCACUGAUUUGACAAUAAGAGAAGAGAUCUCAUUACAAUCAUGGAUUUUGUUAUUUUAUCGAUAAACGGUCGAGAUGUUUCUAAUUCUAGUCACGAAGAUGCUGUACGGUAUUUUGAAAGUGCCCAGGAGCCCAUAACAAUUCAGGUGAUGCGAAAACAGACGGCGAGGAUUAUAUCGCAGGAGACAACGGCGUGUAAAUUAGAAUCACCGGAGAAGAGGAAAUCGUCGUGUGUGGUUUCAACGGGGGUUCAGACUGAUUUGGGAGGACUGAUUAAUGAAGACUAUGUAGAGAAUUAUUAUGUUUUUGAGGAUGGUGAGGAGUACGAUUUUGAGAAUGAGGAGAACGAUGGUGAUGAUGUUGAAGAGGCUGAGGAAUUCGAUGAGAUUUUCUCGAAUUCCGUUGAUCCACAGCAACUGCGGGAUUAUAAAUUGCGUGAGGACGUUUACUUCGAGGAAGUGACACUGAAAAAAAGUGCAAGCACUGAAAAACUGGGAUUGACUGUUUGCUACAAUUAUUCCUUCGAUCGCGACAACUCGGAAGCUGCGGAGGUUUAUAUCUCGGAAAUAGCGAAGGACAGUUUGGCAGCUAGGGAUGGAAGACUACGAGAGGGCGAUCAGAUUCUUCAGGUUAAUGGGAAGGACAUCGAGAGUAAAGAGCAGACUGAGAGAGUAUUUGCACAUACGAAGAAUACUGUCGUUAUUUUGGUGAGUCGGUGUCUCUAUCAUCAGACAUCGUCUCCAGUAUUCUCGGAUAAUAUUCCAGCUUACCAGAACAGCAUGAUCGAGCUUCUCCUCCAACAGCAGAAGCGUCAGUACGAGUCUUCAGGGGCUGGGGAGAAUGAUCACAAUGAAGGGGCAUUCAGAUCAUCUCCACCACCUGUUCCAUCCCACAGUCUCUCGAUCAAUACAACAAAUUUAAAUAUGAAUACGUCGUCGUCGACUUGUUCCUCUCAAAAUUCUCAUAGUUCUAACAAAGACUGUCCCGCAGAGAAAAAUUCAAACUAUGGGGAAACGUUUAAGGAGUCGAUGAAGAAAAUCGAUGAGUUGAAUAUCACUGGAAAACGCAGAAAGCCUCGGGAAGUUGGGAGUGACAGUGAGCACAUCUACGAGACCAUUCCAGAGAGUGACACAGAGCCAAUUUAUUCCUCCCCUUAUGAGAGUAAAUUAAAUCUCCGUCGUAACGACGUGGGCCACGAUCACCGGAGUAAAUCGUCAAAGAGCAGCAGUUCAAUCGAGGAGAAGGAUUCGUCUAGUGCUUACAAUACUGGAGAAUCUUGUCACAGUAAUCCUUUGGUUUUGGAGCUGCAUAAGGAUCCCAGAGAGCUCAGGGGCAGCACUCUGGUUUUAUGCCCCUCUGACAAUACAUACACAAGUACUCUCGUUUCAACAGCAACAUGUCGAAGCAGGCCUCCACCAUCCUGCGAUGUUGCUGAGAAUCAGGUGAUCAGGACAAUCCAGUCUUCCCUCUCGGCUCCACAAUUUAUCAAUCAUCAAACGACGCCGGACAAGGAGGAUAAAAAAUCAAACUCCUGCUAUUAUCGUGGGACAAAUCGUCAUCAGUACCAGACUCCUUAUCAAUAUUAUCAUCAACCUCAUUACCAGCAAAAUGUAUCGAAUAAUCGAACCUCUUGGGACAAUCGAGAUAAAGAGUCUAGUGGAUCUGGCAUAAUGUACACCAAUGUCGAUAAUCUCGAGCAGACAAUGAUGCUGCAGCAGCAGAUAUUCACGCAAGCACUCAAUAGGAAGAAUGUCAGCAAUAAAGAGACAAGAGUGAGAAACUCAAAGUCGAGGGGUAAAUUUCGAGCGCCUAAUUUGACCCAGUAUCACUUUAUCGGUAGUCAACAGGUGCGCCAGGCAAAUACUCUCAAUUUACCGGAGGAUAAAUGCGAUCCCAGGAUGGAGUGGAAGGUGAAACGUCGCCCCGAUGGGACUAGAUAUAUCGUCAGACGACCUGUCAGGAAUCGACUCUUGGGAAAUAGAACUCUGGAGAUCUCUGAAGAGAGAGCGGGUCUCACCACUGAGGAUGACACGGUUUCCGAGAUAAAACUCGGAAGAUAUUGGACCAAAGAUGAACGAAAGAGGCACUUAGAGCAGGCACGACUUCGUAAACAGCGCCAGGCAACGAUAAAACACCAGCUGAAACUGCAACAGUCUCAUGAAGUAGCCAAUUGUGAUCACGUGGAGGAAACAAAUCAAUUACGAAAACCGAUGCAGGAUCCAGGACUGAUAAAUACCACGAAAAUCGAUGAUCAUUGUGGAGCAAAUGGAAAGCAAAUUGUUGGUCUUCUUUCAGUAACUACAGUCUAAUUGCCAAAACUAUUUUAAACAUUUAUUAUCAAUGUUUUUUCAUUUUUAAUCCUGGUAUGUAUUCUAAUAUAUUGAUAACA